GGUGAUGUCAAUUUGUAAUUAUUGUCCAUGCCUCGUUUACAUCUUUAACAAACUGUCGCACCGUACCCACGAGUGGGAGCGAGAAAGAAGAACUCUUUUUUUUUCUUACAGGAUUAUAUAAUAAAAUAUCUACUCUAUGGUCAACAUCAAGUUGACAUACAACGUUUUGGACUUGGUCGACUCUACGAAUAGACCUUUUUGGGUGUUUGGCAUUUCGUCUAUAUAGGUUUAUAAAUUUAUCCAUUAUCUGUGCUGUGCAUAAACACUUGUCAAGUUGUCAGUAGUAAAGUUGCGAAACUUCUAAAGAAAGUUAUUUUAUUUGUUGUCCUAGUUUUAUAUACGAACGUUUUCUUCUAAAAUAUAAAUUUAGUGUUUACUAGGGAUUUACUCUAGGUCAUCACAAUGAAUCAGUACGUAAUCGAGAAACGCCUGUGCAUAUGUUACGGGAUGUUGUCGCUGCUGCUCACGAUAGCGGUGGUGUUCGUGGCCAUCCCUUUCAACCAUUGGCGCACGACGCUUAAUGUCUGUCCAGGGAACUAUUUCGAAAACACAAACUGUGGAUGUAUAUUUUAUGGCGUUACUACAUACAGAAACUUUAAUGGGGGCCACCAUUCCAGGUGCAUGUAUGCUACUUUGGCACCAGUACCAAUAUUAAUAUAUGCUAUAAUCAUGGCUCUGUUUCACAUGUACAGGGUUUGUAUCAACAAUGUGGGCAGGUAUGAGGAUGAAAAAUCUACCUCAAUGCAAGAAAUAGAGGGACAAUCAAUAGUUGUGACUUCAAGGGCGAGAGUGACACAACGCAAUGAUUCAGUAAUCUACUGCUGGGUCCCAUCUGCGACUAUUGGUGCAAUAUUCUGCAUUUACAACUUGGUUCAUGCAGCAAUUAUAACUGAUGGGUUUGUUAAGACCUGUAACCAGUACCGAAGCUACCUUGUCACGGAACUUCGUGCUGCUGGAGACCAAACUACCGCCAUUCACUUCCGCCUCAGCUGUCAAGCCAUUUACGAUUAUAUGGACUACAUACAGAAAAACCCGAACGGCAUCGUAACCCAAGGGGAGUACUACAUAAACACGGGGCUGCUCCUGCAGCUGGCCAUCAUAGCGUCCUGGGUGUCCGUGGCGAUCUGGAUGGCGGUGGUCGUGUUCACAUCCAUGCGCGCCUACAAGGAGCGUCACGUGCUCACGUGCUGUGGACAGUAAUUCUUUUUUAUACUUUUUUGGUAGCGGUAGAGGUAACGUACCGUAAUCUAUCGUAAUUUUGGCCUAUUAACCCACAGUUCGUUGGUGAGUUUCGGUCCGCUUUAUAAUUGCAUAAAUAAGAACUUGUGAAAUUGUCAAUGAUGUUCAAAAAUUGUGAAAUUGUUGCAAUCGCCAAACUUCAAGUCACUACUGACACGGGGGUAAAUGGGCUAUUUUUUUCACAUCCCACUUUUUUUGUAACAUGGGUAUUUUUUACGCGAUUCAUACUCAGAAUCGAGAGCUCUUUCGAUCCUGAUAGGAGAAAAAAUGUCCCAAGAUUUCCAUACAUUUUUUC